AUGGCUGCAGCAAUAUUUUUCAAAGCAGGCUCACAUUUUGUACUCUUAUCAUUAAUAUUACAUCUCACAUUUACUGUGGAAGGAGGCAGCCACAAUUACCAUGAUGCCCUUGCCAAAUCGAUUUUAUUUUUCCAAGGCCAAAGAUCCGGCAAACUUCACAACCAAGACCAAGCCCUAGGCUGGAGGGGCGAUUCCGCACUUUCCGAUGGUCAGUCGGAUGGGGUGGACUUGACGGGAGGGUACUACGACGCGGGAGAUAACGUGAAGUUCAAUUUCCCGAUGGCCUUCACGAUAACCAUGCUUUCCUGGGGAGUCACUGAGAACGGCAAAAAAAUGGGCCAGUUGCCCGAGGCAAUGGCUGCGAUCCGGUGGGGCACGGACUACCUGCUCAAAUCUGCUCAGCAUCUAAAUACUACCGGCAAGUUAUACGCGGUAGUUGGGGAUCCGAAUGAUGACCACCGGUGUUGGGAGAGGGCAGAGGACAUGGACACCGAGAGGACUGCAUAUUACGUAACACGCGAAAAACCGGGCUCUGACUUAGCGGCAGAAAUGGCUGCUGCCAUGGCCUCUGCUUCAAUGGUUUUUCGGAAAACCGAUUCCAAAUACAGCAGGCUGCUUUUGCAGACUGCGAAAAACGUGAUGCAGUUUGCUGUGGACAACCGAGGAGCGUACAGCGAUUUCCUCGCAGUUGCGUGCCCGUUUUAUUGCUCUUACUCGGGAUACAUUGAUGAUCUGAUAUGGGGAGCAGCAUGGCUGCACAGAGCAACUAAUGAUAACAAAUAUUUGGAUUUGAUUCAAUCAUUAGGGGAUAGCGAUCCACCGGACCUUUUCAGCUGGGACAACAAAUUUGCGGGUGCUGAUGUUCUCCUCGCAAGGCGUUAUUUGGUAAGUAAGGAUGAGAAAUUUGUGCGGUACAGUGAGAGAGCAGAAGCCUACAUGUGCAAGAUAAUGCCUAAUUCUCCAUCAUCGACUGUGCCAUACACACCAGGACGUUUGAUGUAUAGGCUUGGUUCAAGCAAUCUGCAGUAUGUAACUUCUGCAACCUUGUUGCUUACUACAUACGCGAAAUACAUGGCGGCCUCUGGCCACACUUUCGAGUGCGGAAGUUUCCACACAGUCACUCCGGCCUAUCUCCGGAACCUAGCCAAAACACAAGUGGACUAUAUAUUAGGCGACAAUCCGAUGAAAAUGUCGUAUAUGGUCGGUUAUGGUACAAAUUUUCCGAAAAAGAUCCACCACAGGGGAUCUUCUAUGCCGCAAUUCGACAAACAUAAUCCAACGCACAUUGGAUGUGAUGAUGGGAUGGAACAGUAUUUUCACUCGUCGAGUGACAACCCAAACAUUUUGACCGGUGCCAUUGUGGGAGGUCCCGACUCGAACGACCAGUAUAAGGACCAGAGGGAGGACGCAACCCAAUCGGAGCCGGCUACUUACAUAAAUGCAGCCAUUGUUGGGCCAUUGGCUUACUUUGCCCGAACUAAACAAUAUUGA